UCCACCCUACAUCACCCUCUCCGCUCUCCUCCCAAAAGGCUAAGAAGCCGCACCACCGCCUCGGUCAGGCUCCCAUCACACACAAACAUCCACAAGCAUGUCGGCUGCCAAGGAGACCGCGAGACUGGAGAAGAAGCCGGUCAAGUUCAGCAAUCUGCUGCUGGGCUCCGGUUUGAACAUGUUUGAGGUUUCCACUCUUGGGCAGCCUCUUGAGGUCAUGAAGACCACCAUGGCCGCCAACCGCAAGGAUGGCAUGGCAGGAGCCAUUGCGCGUGUGUGGAGUCGCGGUGGUUUCUUUGGGUUUUACCAAGGUCUCAUUCCCUGGGCCUGGAUUGAAGCCAGCACCAAGGGCGCCGUCCUCCUUUUCGUCGCUUCCGAGGGCGAGUACUAUGCUAAAUCCUUCGGCGCCAGCAAUUUCGUGGCCGGCAUCAGCGGCGGCAUGCUGGGCGGUCUGGCGCAGGCGUACGCGACCAUGGGAUUCUGCACGUGCAUGAAGACGGUGGAGAUUACCAAACACAAGGCUGUGGCAUCGGGGAUCAAGCCGCCGACGACGUUUGAGACGUUCAUGGGCAUCUACCGCGCGGAGGGAAUCAAGGGAAUCAACAAGGGAGUCAACGCCGUGGCAGUCAGACAGGUGACGAACUGGGGCAGCAGAUUCGGUCUCAGCCGAGUUGCCGAGAACGGAAUCCGCUCCUUCACUGGCAAAUCCGACUCCCAAAAGCUCUCCGCUCCCGAACGCAUUCUCGCCUCCGCUCUGGGUGGUGGUCUCUCCGCCUGGAACCAACCGAUCGAAGUCGUCCGCGUCGAAAUGCAAUCAAAGACCGAGGACCCCAACCGACCCAAGAAGAUGACGGUCGGCAACACCUUCAAGUACAUCUACAGCCAGAAUGGUAUGAAGGGACUGUACCGCGGUGUCGCGCCCAGAAUCGGCUUGGGCGUGUGGCAGACAGUGUGCAUGGUUGCGCUGGGUGACAUUGCAAAGGAGCUGGUGGAGAAGGCUACGGGUGAGUCGGUGACGGCGAAGCACUAGAUCGUGGGUCGAAGAGCUUGGUCGAGAGAAGCAGAGGAUAUCUGGGUAUAGAGAGCAAAGACCAUCGAU